AUGUAUAGCACUGAUGUUGAGUUGCGUAAGAGUUUUUCUUCGAGCUUGCGACAUUGAAAUUGUUUCUUGAGUUGCUGUGUUGUGCGUUAGCUCGGGUGAUCUAAGAGAACUCAAAUAUUUUGCCGAAUAGAUGGAAUUCUUGCGGUCAAGUUUCCGGGGAACUUUGUUAGGAGCCUUGCUUGGCGAUUGUGUCGGUCUAAAUUUUGAAGGGUCCGCAAAAGUGCCCUUUUCUGUGCUUAAUAAACACUUAUUCAGAUUCCAAUCUUUGUCUACAGUCUUACCUUACAGUGAUGACUCAGCACUCACACUGGCUUUGUCUGAGGCAUUGAUUGAAUCGAAAUUUUCUUCACAACCAGACUGUGUAAAUAUUGCAAAAUCAUUUCGUGAGCAUUUCAAUCGAAAUCCCGACCGCGGCUAUGGAGCUGGAGCUUCCGAGUUAUUGCCACAGCUUUUGUCUAAUAAACAAGAGGAUCCUUUUUUUGAAGCCUCAUUAAUGUUUGAUGGCACUGGAAGCUAUGGAAAUGGGGCUGCGAUGAGGGUCAGUCCUGUAGCCCUGUUUUCUCAAUCGUUUGAAGAUUGUAGACAUUAUGCCGCCAUGCAAGCAAAAUUAACCCAUGCUCACAUCUUAGGAAUUCAUGGUUCAGUUUUGCAAGCGGUUGCGGUGAAGUGUGCUCUGAAUCAAAAUGGUGUCAAAGAUUUGGAUAAAGUGAAGUUUCUCGAUUUGUUAAUCGAUCAAAUGAAGUUGGUUGAAACUGAAGACUCCGUUAAAACAAGAACUGAUUCAUUUGUGUGCUAUUAUUUGAACAUCCUUGAAACUAUCAAGCAUCUGGUACUCAAAUUUGAGGGCCAUGCGUUAGACGCCACGAAAAUGGCGACACUUAGAACUGAGCUUGGCAAUGAAAUUUCGGCGCACCGAUCUGUUCCUCUGGCCAUUUUCAUGUUUUUGUUUACUCUUCACCAGCCAAUAACAGUGGAAAAUGGUGUGACCGGAACAAAAGAGCAGUUACCACCUUUGUGCAAUUCUAUUUUGCAUUGUAUUGCGAUGGGAGGCGAUACGGACACAAUAGCUUCAAUGUGCGGGGCUAUUUGCGGUGCUUAUUAUGGAUCAGAACCUGAUCAGAUUCCUCCAGCUUGGAUAAAAGCUUGUGAAGCAAAUGAGCAGUUCAUCCAAAUUGCAGAUAAGAUUUAUGAACUGCGUUCACAAGUUGAUGUUAAAGUAGAGCCAGCGAAUCCAUGAUAAUUAAUGAAUUUUUUAA